UAUCACUAUCACUAGUUGCGAUCUUAAAGAAGAGCGGAACAGAGACUUUGCGAUAGCCCCGGGGUCGACUUUCGUUUUUUUCGGCAUCUGGAGUUGAAUAGUAUUAGGAAGGCAGUCGGUCACUGAAAUUUAAACGAAAUACAACGCGAUGCUAUUACUCUACCUUUGCCUUCUGGGCCAUGUGCUCGGUGGCCUUUCCUGGGCAGCCCCUGCCGGAGAGGAUGAUCUCAACCAGGACACCCCGUACAUCAAGGAACUUCUGCGACACGCCAAGGCCGCCGAGAUGGAGAGCUUCAUGGACCAAAAGGCCGAUCCGUGCAACGACUUCUACUCUUUUGCCUGUGGCAACUACAAACGCAUCAAUUCUGCAGAAAACCUGAAUGUAAGCGCGACGGGUCUUUUGUAUUCUGUGCUCGAAGGUCUGGAACGUAAGGUUUUGAAAAUGCUCACCACUGUCAACGAUACUCACCAAACUCCGGAGGACAUUCAGGUGAAGAACUUCUACGAGUCCUGCCUCCGGAUAAAGCAGCUCAAUGCCACGUACACAGAGAGGCUGAGGCAGCUGAUAGCCGAGUUCGGAACGAUGCCGGUGCUGGAAGGGUCCUCCUGGCAGGACGAGGACUUCGACUGGCUGGGGACCACGGCACGCAUCGCGUUCCGCUACGGCGUUAGGUCUGUUUUCACGGCAGAGGUAAACACAGACUUGGCCAACAACCAGAUGAACCGCAUCUACGUGGGCGAGCAGAACUUCCCGCUUGAGACGAGGUCCAUGUACAUGGAUAACGCAACGGCCAUUUACCGCGAGGACUAUCGUAAUAGCAUCCAGCGCAUUCUGCACCGAUUUUUGGGUGUGGAGCAGAAACUGGCCAAGCAAACGGCCAGGGAACUGGUGGACUUCGAGGUGGACCUUGCCCAAGGACUGGUGGACCAGAGCGAAGGUUUCGACUUCAGUGAACUGACCGAGCUGCUGACUGUGAGCGAGGUCCAAGAACGGUAUUCCCCCACUUUGGACGUAGACCGAUUGAUAUUUGUGAGCAUAGGGGAGAGAGUCUCCGACAAGAUCUACGAGUACAACAAGCGCUAUCAGCAAAAUCUUGUCAAAGUCAUUAAGCGAACACCUAAGCGCACCAUGGCCAACUAUAUCUUCUACAAUCUGGUCAGGCAGUUUGUGAAGACGCCAGCCGACAAGACGAAGAAGCAAAAACGGGAUUGCUUGGACGUCACAAAGGAGUUCUUCUUUAAGAACCUGGACAACAUGAUCUACCGUCGCUACAACAACGAGAAAUCCUCGAGAGAAAUCGACGACAUGUGGCGUCAACUGAAAGCCACCUUUAAUGAGACACUGCACACGAGUCCGGCCCUGGACUGGAUCGAGCGACCCACCAGGAAUUUGGCCAUCGCCAAACUGCAGGCCAUGAGGCUGCAGGUGAGCAACUACGCCGAAGUUAACUUCACUGAAGAGUUCGCCAAUCUGGAUCUGCAGAGUGCCGACUACGUGGAGAAUGUUCGACAGAUCAUGCUGGAAGAGGCGAGGCGAAGCCGCAAGUUGCUUCACAAGCCGGCCAAGCCGCUGGAAACGGACGAAUCUGCCAGCUUUACGCCGGCCAACGCCCUGACUGAGAACAUAAUCAAAAUGCCGGUGGCCCUGCUGCAGCCCUUUUAUAUCUGGGCUGAUGGCUACCCCAAUUCCGUGAUGUUCGGCAACUUGGCCUCGCUAAUUGGACACGAGUUGAUCCACGGGUUCGACGACAGUGGUCGACAGUUUGAUGCCAAAGGAAACUCCAAUGACUGGUGGGACGAGAAGUCCAGCAGAAACUUCUUGAAGCGAAGGGAUUGCUUCACCAAGCAGUAUGGAAAAUAUGUUUUCAAUGGCAUUCAGCUCAGGGAGUCCUUAUUGCAGGCGGAGAACAUUGCUGACAAUGGAGGCAUGCGUCUGGCCUACACGGCUUACAGGAAGUGGUAUAAGUCCCAAAUGGCGCUUCCCAAUGGCCGCUUGAAUUUGGCCAACGAGUUGUUACCCAACCUGGAUUACAGCGCCAAUCAGCUAUUUUUCAUAAGUUUUGCGCAGUCCUUUUGCCAGGAUGUGGAUCCCAAGUUGAAGGCUUUUCAGGUGUUUAUCGAUACACACGUGCCCGAUGAGCUUCGCGUUAUGGGAACGCUAUCAAAUCAUGACGAAUUCUCCAAGGAGUUCAACUGUCCUCCUGGAUCCCCCAUGAAUCCCGUCCAAAAGUGCAUUAUUUACUAGAAAGGUGCUUUGGUAUAAAUCGGUUAAGA